AUGAAUUACGAACAACUUAAUCAUUUGAUUGCUAAAUGUGCUGGUAACAAUACACCAAUCCAACCAGUAGAUAAACUUUCAAAACUCUUUGUUGAUAAUGAAACUAUCAAGAGUCUUUUACCAACCGAUACCACUGGUAUUGAUAAUACUAUUAAAUUAUUAGAUUCAAUCAGUGAAUUACUUGGUAGUGAUGAUGCAAGAAAGAGAGAUGCUCAAAUUCAUAGACUCAACAAAGAUUUAAUUAAUACUGUCUAUAUCUUUGGCUCAACUAUUACUGCUUUCGAUUAUAUCUAUUUUGUUUUAUUACAUCCAUGGAUUGUUAAAUUAAAUGAUAAAGAAAGAUUCUUAUUCUGUAAUGUUACAAGAUGGUUCAACUUUGUUCAAAAUACAACAUUUUUGGGCAAUGGAAAAUUAGAUUUAGUUCCAAUUUCAACCACUCCACCACCACCCGAACCACCAAAGGAAAAGAAACCAGCUGCUGCACCAACUGCAACUGCUGCUGCUGGUGAUAAUAAAAAUGAAAAGAAGGCUGAUGAUAAACAAGCUGCUGCUGCUGCCGGUGGUGACAAGAAGAAGGGUAGUGGUCGUGAGAAGCCAGCUGCCGAACCAGCCAAACCAUUGGAUGUCUCUAGAUUUGAAAUUCGUGUCGGUAAGAUUGUUGAGGUCGGUCGUCAUGAAACCGCCGAACAAUUGUACGUCGAGAAGAUCGAUCUCGGUGAAUCGACUGGUCCACGUACCAUUGCAUCGGGUCUCGUAAAGUUUGUACCAAUCGAAGAGAUGCGUGAUCGUCUUGUUUUGGUACUCUGUAAUUUGAAGCCACGUAACUUGAAGGGUGUCAAAUCCGAGGGUAUGGUACUUUGUGCAUCGAAUGCCGACCACACUGCCGUCGAGUUUGUCGACGUACCAGCCACCGCACAAAUUGGUGAGCGUGUCUCAUUCGCUGAAUUCCCAGGUGAGCACGACAAGGUUCUCAAACCAGAGACUGUCGAAGAGGUACUCAAAGAAUUGAAAACAAAUGCUGAUCGUGUUGCCACCUACAAAGGAUGUCCAUUCCAAACCACCGCUGGUCAAUGUAUUGCCAAAUCACUUGCCAACGCAUCAAUCAGUUAA